GAUGAGAUCCUCUGUUUCGAAAAUAUCGUGUCUCCGUAUUCCAGUGUCGAUCGGACGACUAUGAUAUUUUUAUGAUGUACACUGCAUCCUUGAGAUGUGAUUUAUUUCGUCCGAUCAAUAUUGGGACACGAGAAUACGAUAUUUUCAUGACAGAGGAUCUCAUCUCUAUCCUCUGAACUAUACUUUACAUCUAGAGGAUCUGCUGUCACAAAUCAAGGCAUCUUAUUUCACCUUUCCAUCGUCCUUUAAAUUCUCUCUCUGUUUUUCUUCUUGUUCAUUUUAACAAUUGAAUUGAGGAGCAAGAAGGAGAGAAAGACGAAGACAAUAUCAAUGGAAUUGGAAUUGGACCGGUUGAGGGCGGUCCGGGUCAUCGGCCGAGGAGCCAUGGGAACCGUGUUUCUCGUCACCUCCCGGUGCGCCGGCGAUCCUUACCCUCACCUCCCUCCUCUGUUCGCCCUGAAGGUCGUCGAGAAACACUCCCCCUCCGCCAAGCCCGACGCCGACCGACGAGCGCGGUGGGAGCUCAACCUUCUCUCCCGCCUCACCAUCUCCUCCACCGGCGACGCCGCUCAGCAUCCCUUCCUCCCCUCCCUUCUCGGCGCCGCCGAGACGCCGGAGCUCCUCGCGUGGGCGCUCCCCUUCUGCCCCGGCGGCGACCUCCACGCCCUCCGCCAUUCCCUGUCCUCCGACGCAGCCUUCUCGCCCGCCGCCGUACGGUUUUACAUCUCCGAGCUCGUCGACGCCCUAGCGCACCUCCACGCCCUCCGCGUCGCCUACCGCGACCUCAAGCCGGAGAACGUGCUCCUCCAGGCCUCCGGCCACGUCACCCUCACCGAUUUCGACCUCUCCCGGCACCUCCCCCGUUCCUCUGUUUCCUCUGUUGCCGAUCCUCUGCCUUCGCCGCCUGCUCGCCGUCGCUCCCGCGGCCAUCUCACACGCAUAUUCGCCUUCGGUGAUCGUCGACACGGAGACCACCUCAAGAAGGCCCGCUCCGCCAGGGUCUCUCCUGUGAGUCGCCGGCGGACUAGCUUCUCGGAUGGCCGCUCCUUCUCCUUCGUGGGAACAGAGGAAUACGUGUCGCCGGAGGUGGUGCGCGGCGAGGGACACGGCCUCGCCGUCGACUGGUGGGCCCUCGGCGUGCUCGCCUACGAGAUGGCCUACGGGCGGACGCCCUUCAAGGGGCGGAACCGCAAGGAGACCUUCCGCAACGUGCUUUCCCGGUCGCCGGAGUUCCCUGGGAACCGCCGCUGCGACCUCGCCGACCUCAUCGAGCGCCUCCUCGUCAAGGACCCCUCCCAACGUCUAGGCUCUGCCGGAGGCGCCGACGAGGUGCGGUCCCACCCAUUCUUCCACGGCGUGCGGUGGGAUCUCCUCGCCGACGUCACGAGGCCGCCGUUCCUCCCGCCGCCGAUCGAGGAGCUAGAGGAGGCAGUGGCUGCGGGAUCCGAAGGGUUCAACGUCAUGGACUACUUCAAGGGCCUCCGGCAGCCUUCGGCAUCACCGUCGCUAUCGCCGUCGCUGUCGCGGUCGCCGUCGAGCUCAUUGACGGAGUUCUAAAUUCUAAUGUACGACGUUUUUUCGGUUAACCCCCCAAAACUUCUCGAUUUUUCUACUUCUGUACAUAGCGUAACCAACUGCCAUUGGUCAAGAGGCCAUCGGAAAUAGGUUAUAAUGAGGGGGCAAAGUGUAAUCCUUUCCAGUC